AUGGAACAAUUUGAACAAUAUGACAAGGGCGAACUAUUGCGAGAUCGAUAUCUUAAAGUCAAUGAUAUAAGUGAAGGCUCGUAUGGAUUAGUAUCCGUCGCCAAAGAUACGCGUAAUAAUAACUGUUUGGUUGCUGUUAAAUUCAUCUAUCCGGUUGAUUAUAAAAAGGAACAUAAACUUCUUGAAACUACAUCAAGACCAUCCUCAAGUCCUGCCAAAAUGAGAAAUAAUGGAAGCAAACAAGAUGAAUCUGAUAGUCAUGAUCUGCAACAAAAUUCCAAUGUCAGUAAACCAAAAAGAGAAUCCAUUUUCAAUACCUUAUAUAAUGAGGCACAAAAGGAAAUCAAGUUUCAUAAAAUCCUUGGUGAUCAUCCUCAUAUUUCUAAAUUGUAUGAUCAUUUUGAUACUUGUUUGAUUUUGGAAUUCUGUUCCCGAGGCGACUUGUAUGAAGCAAUUCAUAGUGGUAAUGGUCCGGUUACAACUCCAGAUAUCAAAGAUGUUUUCCAACAAAUCCUAACUGCAGUUGAUUAUUGUCAUUCUCGUGGGGUUUAUCAUCGUGAUUUGAAACCAGAGAAUAUUUUAAUUGCUGAAGAUUGGUCCAUUAAGAUUUGUGAUUGGGGGUUAGCUACAACCUCGAAAAUUGUCACAAACAAAGAUGAAUUUGAUAUUGGAUCAGAAAGAUAUAUGGCUCCAGAAUUGUUUGAUAAUAAUUUAGAAUCUUAUGAUGCUUCCAAAAUUGAUAUUUGGUCCGUUGGAGUCAUUUUGUUAACCUUGGUUUUCCAUAAAAAUCCGUUUCAAGUUGCAAAUUAUUCUGAUAAAAGAUUUAUUCAAUUUGUUAACAACAGGGAAGCGUUAUUUGAUAUUUUUUCGACUAUGAGCGGUGAUUUAUUUUCAGUAUUGAGAUUUAGUUUAACCAUUGAUCCUGAUAAUAGAGAUUUAAAGGGAUUUUUGGAUGAAUUGAUGCUGUUACGGUACUUUACUAUCGAUGAAGAAUAUUGGGCCAGUGAAUAUGAUGAUGACGAUGGCGAAUUAGAAGAAGAAAGACAAGGAAGAGGUGAUGGUGAGUAUUAUGAGGAUGAUGAUAACAAUGACCACAAUGAAGAAGAAGAAGAAGAAGAAGAUCUGGAAGAAUUUGGGUUUUUCGAUGAGUAUGAAGACAAGUUAUCGGUUUCACCUCAAAAAUUAGUGGAAAUCAAGGCUACUCCAGCAACACCAACAACACCGAUUUCUAAUGGAGCUAUGGCUAAUCAAGAACUGGAAAAUAUUCCAGCUCCUCAAGUUUAUGUUCAUAAAUCUAGUUUGCCAAAAUCACCAGUUGAUAACUCACCACCAAUGCCUCAUAAUCGUAGAGCUGAUGCAUUGUUAUCUACAAAUACUGAUUUGAAACCUAUACCAAUACAUGGAACUGCUGGAUUCAAGUUCCAUCGUAAUACCAGGAAACCAUUGAAUGUUGCUUCAUAUAAUCAAAACUCGUACAUGAUGAACAAUCGUUUUAAUAAUACCGGAAGUACUGGUUUCAAUACUAAUUACAAUGGUAACAGUUAUAAUAAUAACAACCAUAAUAACAAGUUUAACCGAGAAGAUUUUUUCACUCCAAAAUCGGUUUUCAAUCAUUAUUUGGACAAAUAUGGAGAACAGAAAUUUGGUAAGCAAUCUUCAUUUGCGGAUGGUUAUAAAAAACAUUCACCUCCUCAACGAUACAAAAAGAGAACUUGGAAAAAGAAUAAUAAUCAUAAACGUAAAACCGGGUAUCAUCAACAACAACAUGUAUACAAUCAGUAUCCACAUUCUACAAAUAAUGAUUCCCAUAAUCAUCACCGGGGUAAGAGAAAAUCUAGACUGUAUUCUACAUCUAAAUUGAAAAGAAGUGUCAUAAAUGGUGGUAAUAAUACUAAUGCCAAUGGAGGCGCUCCAGACACUUUGACAUCAAAUUAUCCUGCAUUACAUCAUGGAAGUACAAUGGGUCAAAUUGUUAAUGGUAGUGCCAAUGGUAAUGGCAAUGUUGGAUCCAAUAUAUCUAAUUCUGGGAAAUAUAUCCCACCUUAUUUGAGAUCGCCAACUUAUCAAAAAUCACCAGCAAUUGAACCAUUAAAUGAAGACUUGGAUCAUUUGAAUUUGAAUAAUGAUUACGAUGAAGUGUUCCAUUUGGAAGGAGAUUUUGACAUACCAAGAAAUGGUGAUAAUGAUAAUCAAUAUGGAAAUCAUAUAGACGAUAUUGGUAAUGGUCAUCAUGAUUAUCAUUUGAAUGUUGCAGGCGAUUUUCUGCACAAGAGGAAUUCAAAGCCUGAAGCAGGGUUUAUUCAUCUGCAUCACCCAAGUACUGCAACUACUACACCUGGAGUAAAUGCUCAAGGUCAAGCUCACGGUCAAGCUGGUCAUGGUAGAAGAAACUCUACUUCUUUUUCUACUUCGUGGAUGUUGAAUGGCAAUAGAAGAGCAGGAGCAAUUUUUGGUAAUGAAUUAUCAUUGACUUCAAAUAAUACCAACUCAUUGCCGAACCAAACAAAUUCAGUUAAUGGUGGUAAUAUCAACACUAACAACAAUGGUAAAUAUGUUCCACCAUUUAGAAGAAAUUCAGUUUCAUCAUCACAUGGUGCUGCAAAUGGUACUGGUACAAAUGUUGCUGGUGCUACUGGAAUUGCCUCGUUUAGAAAAUCGGUUAAUGAAAGAAAAAAUAGUUUAGAAUUUGCCAAUGGCAACGGCGGUUCUAGACCCGUUUCCAGUCCUUUGACAGAAUUAAAGAAUCAUCAUCAAAGCCAUGUUCAAGAAGUCAAUAAAAAUCGCUUUGAUAAGCUGAUUCCUGUUGGUCUUGAAUUGGUUUCUUCAUUUAGAAAAGAUUGGUGUGAUUAUGAUUAA